CCAACGAACAAAACAGAAAAAGCCCACUGAAAAACAUAGUCAAAACUCCCAUCUUUUUGAACAAAAAAUAAAACCAUGGAAGAUUAAGAAAAACACCGUUGAUUUUCCUUUUUCCCAGGCUUCCAUCGUCUUCGUAUUUAUAUACUCAACUAUGAGUUACCUGAACACAACAGAACCAAAGCAGCGGCAGCUUUUCGCAUUUCUUGGUGACGAUUAUGUGGAGAUACCUGAGAAGAGGAAUAUCAACUUCCACCAGGGCCAGAGCCAGUCCAUGUUCAUGGUGGGACCAUGUCACUCCAGCUCCUAAGGACCCCGUCAAUGCUGUCACCGAAGCUUUUCUUGCUGACCCUUGUCCUUACAAGAUUAAUCUUGGAGUGGGAGCUUACAGGGAUGAUGAGGGGAAACCCAUUGUUCUUCAAUGCGUUAGGGAAGCAGAAGGCAAGAUUGCGGCUACCAAUUUCUUGGAGUCAACAUCUACUGCAGUUAGCUCGAAAUUUGUUGAGGAGAGUGCAAAAUUGGUUUAUGGAGAGGAUUCAGAUGUUGUAAAAGAAGGGAGGUUUGCCGGAAUUCAGGCUCUCUCUGGAACUGGUGCAUGUCGUCUCUUUGCCGAGUUCCAGAAACGAUUUUUCCCAGAUUCAAGAAUAUAUUUGCCUGAUCCAACUUGGUCCAAUCACCACAACAUUUGGAGAGAUGCUCAUGUUCCAGAGAGGACAUUCCACUACUACCAUCCUGAUUCCAAGGGUUUAAACUUUGUGGCACUCAUGGAUGAUGUCAAGAAUGCGCCAGAUGGUUCUUUCUUCUUACUUCAUCCUUGUGCACAUAACCCUACUGGGGUUGACCCUAGUGAUGAGCAGUGGCAACAAAUCUCAUCUCUGUUCAAGGUAAAGAACCAUUUUCCCUUCUUUGACGUGGCUUAUCAAGGUUUUGCAAGCGGAGAUCUAGAGAGGGAUGCUCGAGCAAUUAGAAUUUUCCUUGAAGAUGGCCAUCUAAUAGGUUGUGCCCAAUCUUUUGCAAAGAACAUGGGAUUGUAUGGUCACCGAGUGGGUUGUCUCAGUGUUCUCUGCAACAACAAAAUCCAAGCAGUUGCAAUUAAGAGCCAGCUACAGCAGAUUGCCAGCACAAUGUACGGCAGUCCACCUAUUCAUGGUAUAGCACUGGUCUCAAAAAUCUUGAGUCAUCCUGACAUUAGGGCCAUUUGGCAUAAAGAGGUCAAGUUCAUGGCAACUCACGUUCAAAGGAUGAGAGCUACUGUACGGGAAGCUCUUGAGAAAUUAGGUUCUCCCCUCAAUUGGCAACACAUAACUAACCAGGUUGGAAUGUUUUGCUUCUCUGGCUUGACUCCUAAUGAGGUCGAUCUGCUUGCGAAGGAAUUUCAUAUAUACAUGACAAAGGAUGGACGAAUAAGCAUGGGUGGAGUGACCGCAAAGAAUGUAGAUUAUUUAGCAAAUGCUAUUCAUGAAGUCACCGCAUUUGAUCAGGAUGCCAAGAUAUUACAUAACUUCAGUGCAUAAAAGGUUAAUUCUGACAGUUGCUUAACUUCCCUUGGUACUAAAUUUAAUUUUCUUACAUUAAACAAUCUUCCUAGAAGUUGGGGAAUGAAUUGAGCCCUGUAAUGUAUUAUUGGCCGUAGCAUAUGUUGUAGAAAAUUUGAAACUUUAUUGAAACUAGAAUCAAAUUCAAAUGAUUUUAGGCUGUAAAGCCUGCAA